GCAACUACUCUUUAGCCAAAUAAUAGCGUUAGUCCUUUGAAAAAUUUCAAAUCGAACAAGGAAAAUCAUCAGAACUAUCCUCUCAACAAAAAUGCUCAAAAUACCACAAAAGGGGGGAGAGAUCAGCAAAUACUGCUCAAGACACAAAUAGAUAAGUACUUUUAUUCUGAUCCUCGAGGUCCAUUUCAAUGGCCUCAAAACACAAUGUCCACUCCUUGAAGGCGUGUGAAACCAUCUUUCUGCCAUAACAGAUUGCAAAGCAUUCUGGGAGAUACAAAUAUACAUCAACUUGUGCUCGCAUUACCACAGCGACAGGGGAUUAGAGAUGGGGGUAUAUACAGCGACAGGGGAUAAUAGAAAGCAUUUGAUGCUUUCUAUUAAACGCGUUAGAAAUAUAUUAACUGCGACCACAAGGCGGCAAAAGGUAACUAGUGAGCACAGAGAGGAAACAACAUGUCUGAUAAAUUUGAUAAUUCUCUUUAAAGGCUGACAAUGGUUUCUCGAGUGUCUCUUAACACACUUCGGGUAGCGCUAUGUUCGUUUACGUUUAUUGUAUCAGUAGUUUGGCUGACGAUGUUGACAGGUGACCCUUGCACGUGGAAGAUAGCGAGUCCGUCCACUUGUGUAGAGAAAGAACAACAAUCCUCUGCCAUGGACCCUGCUGUGUUACAAGGACUUAAUCACCACAUCUGGGUGAAUAUCUGCGCCUCCAGCAUCGCCCUUAUCUGCGAGACGCCCUUGUUCCCAAAUGUACCGUCGUACCGCAGGUUUAUCAGUACAACUGAAUACUUCUGGCCAGACAAGAAAGACUUCGCGCAACGAGUCUUUGGUUAUUUGCAGCCGGAUGAAUCGGGGUUUUAUGCAUUUGCUAUUUCAUCCGACGAUUCGUCAGAGCUUUGGUUGAGUAAAGACCAGCAUAUACGAAAUUCAGCGCUAGUAGCGCACGUGGGCAAUAAGAGAGAAACGGAGUGGACGGAAUUUAGAGACUUCGUAAAAUUCAAAAGUCAAAUUUCACGAAAGGUUUUCCUUGAAAAAGGAGAGCUCUAUUUUAUAGAUAUCGUACAUGUUCAGCUUGGCGAGGGAAACCAUGUGAGCGUACUAUGGAAAAAGCCGGAGGAAAAGAAUUUUACGUCUAUCUCAACUAAACAUCUUCUACCCUUCUUUACAAACGAUGAAAAUAUGGAUGGGAAAUUCGACUGGAGGGUCCCACAAACUAACGCAUGUAAAAACCUUGACAACCCGUAUAACGGAUUUCUAAACGCCACAAACAACAAAAUCUCUGAUUGGCAAUCGUUCUCAAAGGUGCUACCACAUUGUGAUGAUUACGUUGCGACACCAAAAGUGCGGAUCAAGCAAACAGGUGACGCGCUUACUGAACACUACCGUGAGACUUACAUGUAUCCGUACAUCAUGCGUAUGCACAGAAUGUUCUUUGUUGAUAACUUUUGGAGGACGCGAGAGCUGAGCAGAGAGGACGCGACGGAAGUGGUUACCGUGUAUAUGGAAAAACUCUACCAGACGUUUGGAAGCAAAUACAAGCUAAUCACUAUUGAAAAUGUCGAAAAGAAAAUCUUUGAGAACGGAACACGCUAUCUCCUGGAACUAACAUUAAACGACACUGUAGCUAAUAGUGAAGUACAUCUCUCGAACUACGUCUACCAGCCAACAAACUCUAGCGAACUCUGCAGUCCAGAGUCCAGUCAAUGGGACAGAAAGGCGAUAGUGACCGUAAAGAACCAAGGCCCCUGGGUACAUUUGUUCCUCGAAAACAUCGCACGACUCGUACACGAGUCGAGAGAUAGAGGAAUACGGGUUGUAAUCUUUGAUUACGAAAGCCACGAUCUAGAUUUGGAGGACGCGGUCAAAACAAGUGGAAUCGCUGAGAUUGUUAAGACGGUUUCUAAACCGGGCAAAUACUCAAGACGAGAGGCGUUCAACGUCGCUAUUAAUCUCGUGACUGACCCAAACAGCAUCGUGCUUCUGACAGAUCUACACCUUGAAAUGACAAGUCUACUAUUAAAAGACAUUAGAAAGCACUGCAUCCAGGGCCAGCAAGUCUACACCCCUGUGAUCAUUCGACAGGGCAAGUGCUCUUCCCCCAGGGUACCCAUGUGGGGGUACAUUGGAUAUUGGGAGACCCUGGGGUUUGGGAUUGUAGCCAUGUAUAAGUCGGACUGGGACAGAACCGGAGGAUUCAAGUUUGAUGACAGCAACAAGCAUAAGUGGGGAGGGGAGGACUAUGAAUUGGUGGAUAGUGUUGUUGAAGCCGGACUAGGGUUUGAACGGGUUGGCUGUCCUUAUAUUUAUCACUAUAUGCAUAUUCGUGAAGGAAUGUGGGAAUAAAACGAACGUGCUUCAAGAA